GGAUUCAUUGAAAAAUUCCAUUCCAUUUCUGGAAAACUCAAUGGUCCAGCAAAAAAGAUAAUGCUAAAAGCACAGAUUGCGAAUUUUGCCCACAUUUGAGUGAUUGCUCAGUGAAAAAUGGGUAAUUCAGAAAGCCAGUAUAGCCCUCAGGGAACAAAGAAUGUUGGCAAUUCUCUGCCUGGUGCCAAGCUGAAGCCUUGUUCAAUGAAAAUCCGUAGCAUCCAUUCGAAAGAUGAGAAAUCUGCACAUGGAUGGGGUCAUAGUACCAGUGGCACAAACUACAAAUCCCGAUCAUUAGCCAGAAGCUGCCUCUCUCAUUUCAAGAACACCCAGCCUUAUUCUUCAAGACUCAGUGACGCAACAGCAAAAACCUCUAAGAUUAGCAGCCAUGCCAAACACCGAACUCACACCUCAGGGACUUAUGACCAAGAAAGUAAUAAUGCAUUUUUGCCUGAGAAUGGUUUCCACUAUAUAGAUAUUGAACCUACAAACGACCAUGUUGCUUUCAGGGAAUGUAAUGGGCAUUUCUUAAAUUGCUAUGGAAAGAAAGAGAGCCCCCCAUCAGAUGACAGAAUGAGUCCAAAGGUUCUCAUUAAGACUCUGGGGAAACUAGAUGGAUGUUUGAGAGUUGAAUUUCAUAACAGCAGCAGCAACAGCGCAGUUUCCAGAGAGGAGUCUACUGGACCAGUCCAACUCUUGCGGUAUUCGCCUACUUCAGAGUCUGAAAAAAUUAACAUGCUUGAAGGGAAGGAAACUUCUAAUACAGAUUAUCCUGGAAGCCAUCGGCUGUCAGCCACCGACUCAAGACUUAGAUCCAGUAAAGGGAGCUCCAUUAGUUCAGAGUCUUCUUGGUAUGAUGCUCCAUGGGGCAAUAAUGGAGAUAUGAAUGAACUGGAUGGGUCAUACAUGUCCAGGAGCACCCCUGAUGCAAGUAUCCAAGUCAGUUUUCCCCAGAGUGAAUGCAAGAAACCAUUGAACCAAAGUUCAUCUCUCUCUUCCCUGCGUGAUUUAUAUAGGGAUUCAAAUCUUAGGAGCUGCCAAGCUUCCGAUAUUGGGCUUUCUGCAGAUUACAUCAAUACUCGUGCUGGUUCAAGCAAUCGUGUUUCAUUUACCUCCACUGUAGAUUUUUCUUCUGAGGUAGAAGAGCACAGAGGACCUCUGCACUAUUCUUCCUAUACUCUCCCCUGCAGGAAAUCUUCAGCACUCAAUGAGGAUGCAACAAAGAAGGAAACAUUAAAAAGCCGUAUGAGGCGGAUCAGUGAUUGGACAGGAAGCCUGUCAAGAAAAAAGAGGAAGCUACAGGAACCAAAAUGUAAGGAUUCAACAGAAUACUUUGAUGCUGGAGUUGAAAGUCUUUCCCCAGAUACCCUUCUUGUUCCUUCCCAUCUCAUUGCUUCUCCUUGGUCCCAUGGGUCUGGCCAGAUCUUUCCCCAGAGAAGUGAAUCUGCCAGUGGACUCAGCAGUGAUGUUCUGAGGCAGAAUAUUUAUGAGAACUUCAUGCGGGAGCUUGACCUGAGCAGGACCAACAUGGAAAAUAUGGAAACCUCCACAGAAACAGAGGACUCUAGCAGUGAGUCACUUAGCUCCUUGGAACAGUUAGAUUUGUUGUAUGAGAAGGAGCAAGGAGUUGUUCGUAAAGCUGGGUGGCUUUUCUUCAAACCUCUUGUGACUCUGCAGAAAGAGAAGAAACUUGAGUUGGUUACGCGGAGAAAAUGGAAACAAUACUGGGUUACGCUGAAAGGAUGUACCCUGCUGUUUUAUGAGACUUACGGGAGAAAUUCCAUGGAGCAGAACACCUCACCUAGAUAUGCUCUGUUUGCAGAAGACAGUAUAGUGCAGUCUUGUCCUGAACACCCUAAAAAGGAGAAUGUUUUUUGUCUCAGCAAUUCUUUUGGAGAUGUCUACUUGUUCCAGGCCACAAGCCUGACUGACCUUGAAAACUGGGUUACUGCCAUACACUCGGCUUCUGCUUCCCUCUUUGCAAAGAAACUUGGGAAAGAAGAUACAGUUAGGUUGCUGAAAAAUCAGACGAAAAGCCUUAUCCAAAAGAUUGACAUGGACAGCAAGAUGAAAAAGAUGGCUGAACUGCAACUCUCGAUUGUUAGUGAUCCGAAAAACAGGAAAGCAAUUGAGAACCAGAUCCAACAGUGGGAGCAGAAUCUAGAGAAGUUCAACAUGGAUCUUUUUAGGAUGCGCUGCUAUCUUGCCAGUCUACAAGGCGGGGAGUUACCAAAUCCAAAAAGUCUUUUGGCCGCUGCCGGUCGACCUUCAAAGAUGGCACUAGGGAGGCUUGGCAUCUUCUCAGUCUCAUCCUUUCAUGCACUGAUCUGCUCCAGGGAUGAAGCAGCUCUUAGGAAGCGUACGUUGUCUCUGUCCCAGAGAGUGCGGAGCAAGAAGGGCCUGUUUUCCUCUCUUAAGGGAUUGGACACUCUUGCAAGAAAAACAAAAGAGAAAAGGCCUUCCAUUACACAGAUUUUUGACUCAGUUGGUGUGCAUGGAUCUAGUGGAACACAGCUACCCCAGAUUUCCAGUAAUUCUACUGAGCAGAAAGUAGAUGAAUUUCUAAAUGUGUACUACUCUGCUCCAGAAAGUACAACAAAAGAAAAUACCUGGGACAUCCAAUCACUUGUUCGCUUUCCUGGUGGCCAAGUGCUAAUGCUAACUCUCAAGUCAGAACACAGAGUAGAGGAUGUUUUGACAAUGGCAUGCAAGAUUAAGCAAUUGGAACCAAGAUACCAUGGUUUACAGCUUAGAAGACAUAUUGAUGAAAAUAUUGAGCCGUACAUUCCUGAAGCUUAUGAAUACAUCCAAGAUCAGAUAUAUGAUGAAAUUGAAAUAUUUCCUUUAAGUUUCUUCCAUGUGCAACUCACUAAGAGUGAUGGUGUAGCUGAUUUUGGAUUUGCAGUAACUGCACAAGUUGAUGAUCAAGAGCAUCUCAGCCAUAUCUUUGUCAGUGAUGUUCUUCCAGAUGGGAUGGCUUACAGAGAAGGGCUGCGUGUUGGCAAUGAAAUUUUGGUUAUAAAUGGAGAGUCUGUAUCUGAUCUUGACCUCAGGCAGAUGGAGUUAUUGUUCUCUGAGAAAAGUGUGAAACUGACUUUGACUACAAAUCUCAGCUGCCAUGCAAAUGCAUUAUGCACCACAUGGUCAGAUGGGGAUGUUUCCAGCGAAGGAAGAAACUUGUUGCCCCCUCCUAACCAGUCUCAACUCCUGGAAGAAUUUCUGGAUAACUUCAAGGAAAAUACAACAAACGAUUUCAGCAAUGUCCCUGAUGUUACCACAAGUCUAAGACGGAGCAGUACAGAUGGCAUUCUAGACCAAAUUCCUCAGAAGGAGAAACUAGAGUUACCUUUCAGGAGUGCUGAACAAAUUUCCAUGUUGUGCCCACACUUUCAUGAAGCUCAUUUAAAUGGUAUGGAAGCAGUCAAGGACAUCCCCCCGCUAAAGCCACUGACACGACAACUUACAGAUGCUGACAGACUCCGAAAGGUUAUUCAAGAGCUUAUGGACACAGAGAAAUCAUAUGUAAAGGAUCUGAGCUGCCUCUUUCAAUUGUACUUGGAGCCUCUUCAGAGUGAGACCUUCCUAACUCAAGAUGAGAUGGAAUCUUUGUUUGGGAGUCUGCCAGAGAUGCUGGAUUUUCAAAAAGUAUUUUUAGAGACCUUGGAAGAUGGAAUAUCAUCCUGUUCUGAUUUUAACACACUUGAAACUACUUCACAAUUCCGGAAACUUCUGUUCUCUUUGGGAGGUUCUUUCCUGUAUUAUGCUGACCAUUUCAAAUUGUAUAGUGGAUUCUGUGCAAAUCACAUCAAAGUCCAGAAGGUUCUUGAGCGAGCCAAAACAGAUAAAGCCUUUAAGGCCUUUCUGGAUGAUCACAACCCUACUAAACAGCAUUCUUCCACAUUGGAGUCUUUUCUCAUCAAGCCAGUUCAAAGAGUGCUGAAGUACCCACUUCUCUUGAAAGAACUGGUAUCCCUAACAGACCCUGAGAGUGAGGAGCACUACCAUCUCACAGAAGCCUUAAAGGCAAUGGAAAAGGUGGCCAGUCACAUCAAUGAAAUGCAGAAGAUUUAUGAGGAUUAUGGAGCAGUGUUUGACCAACUGGUUGCAGAUCAGAGUGGAACUGAGAAGGAGGUCACAGAACUUUCUAUGGGAGAGCUACUUUUGCACUCUACAGUGUCAUGGCUGAAUCCAUUCCCAUCAUUAAGUAAAACAAGAAAGGACUUGGAACUCACUGUGUUUGUGUUCAAAAGGGCUGUCAUACUGGUAUACAGAGAAAACUGCAAACUCAAGAAGAAGUUGGCAACCAAUGUCCGUGCUACCCAUAAUCAUGGUGAUUUGGACUUAUUUAAAUUCCGUUGGUUGAUUCCUUUGUCUGCACUUCAAGUUCGACUGGGAAAUACAGCAGGCACGGAAAACAACUGCAUUUGGGAACUAAUUCAUAUGAAGUCAGAAUUGGAAGGAAGACCUGAAACAAUCUUCCAGUUAUGUAGCAGUGACUGUGAAAACAAAUCCAAUGUUGUCAAAGUGAUUCGUUCAAUCUUACGAGAAAACUUUAGGCGUCAAAUAAAAUGUGAUCUGCCUUUGGAGAAAGCAUGUAAAAACCGGUUAGUUCUGCCUAAGAAUCGAAUCCCUAUUUCAGCGAAAUUGGCUUCCUCAAGAUCCUUGAAGUUAUUAAAGAACUCUCCCAGUAAUGAAUGGAACAUGGAUGCAGCCAAAGGAAAUGAACUAGAUUCAGAUGAAUGCAGCCUGAGCAGCAGUACUCCAAGCAGCAGCUGCCAUACCACUGACAGCCUCCUGGAAUCAAAAAGUUCCUCCCCUGUGAAGCACCUUCAGAACUGCGCCUCCGAUUUUUCAGACAGCCCUGUCAAAGAAUCUGACAUUUUAAGUGAUGAGGAGGAUGACUAUCAGCAGAUUGUAAAGAAAGACAGCCCCACAAAAGGCAUAGAAAUCCAGUUCCAGCGGCUAAAGAUUUCUGAGAAUGCAAGCAAUGAUGCUGAGGAAAGGUACCCUUUGGAGAAAGUGUGUGUGGAUGAACAGAAGGGAAGAGAGCAUCCUAAACUAGUGCGUGCACACUUUUGCCCCAUUAAGCGUAAGGCAAACAGUAUAAGACAGGAUAAAGGGAUGUUACUGGCAAUGCAAGAAAGGCAUCAAUCUCUUGACAGUCAUCCUGAUGCUGGAAGUUUUGACUUGAAUUCUAUUUUAGAAAGGGAAUUUAGUGUACAAAGUUUAAGUUCAGUGGUUAACGAGGAUUGUUUUUAUGAAACUGUAGAUAGGCAUGGGAAGUCCUAGCUUCCUUCUUCCUCCAUCCCAAAAGAUUUUAUUUACAUAUUUUUCUCAAACAGCUGGUUAUAAGUAAGAACUGUUAACUCUUCCAUUUAAUGCACUACUGUGUUUUCCCACAGAAUUAGUUGUAAAGGCUUAAGUUAUUUUAAUUUAUUACAGAAUAGACAAAUUAGAUUGAGCUAGCCUGUAAAUUAAUUCUGUAAAUUAAUCUAUAGCAUUUGACAAAAGUUAAUUACAUUUUUAAAAUUAGGAAAAAGGGGAUUAAACAGUAUGAUCUACAUCUUUUGACAAUAAUGCAAACAGCUUUGUUUAACCAUUUAAGUUUCAGUUAAAUUUUGCUUUAUUUAAAGCAGAAUUUAUUUUUUAUUCAUUACAGAAAAAAUAAUGUUGCACUAUGUUGUAAUAUGUUGUUUAUACUUGAUUUAUAUAUAUAUAUAUAUAUAUAUGUAAAUAUGGAAGUCUGUACUGUAAUCUUGUAUUUUUAUUUUCUCUACAAGUUUGUACAGUAAAAUGUUCAAUGAUGUAGGCAUA